AAAUGUACAAAAUACGACGUCGUUAGAAUCCUAUCUUCAUCUUCCUUCAACCACAGGCGGAAGCAGAGUAGUAGAGGAAUAGAACACAAAUGUCGACCAUUUCGACUGCAUCGCUUAGCACAGACAGAUUAUUAUUAUCUAUUAUUUCUCCACCACCUUCAACUAUUUCAAGAUUCUUUCUUCCAAGUCCUUUACUUUUCUCCAAAUUCCGUUCACGUCCCUCUCCUCUUACUUCAUCUUCACCGUCAAGGACAACGGUGGCAUGUUCCAAGUCUUCCGAAGAAGCAGAAGUGUCUCAGACACUGGACGAAUGGCUUCAGAAACUCCCCGAUAAGAAGAAGGCUUUGUACUCUCAUAGUUUGCCCUGCAUAGAAGCCUGGUUGAGGAGUUUGGGGUUUUAUCAGAGUAGAGAUGAUAGAGCACUUUGGUUUGUUGAAAAGCCAGAUUGGCAUGCUCACUUGUCACUUGAUAUCACUGACCUCUAUAUAAGGUAUCUAAAGAUUGGACCUGGAAAUCUUGAGAAAGAUGUAGAGAGGAGAUUCAGCUACGCACUGAGUAGGGAAGAUAUUGAAAAUGCCAUACUUGGAGGUCCAUAAGGAUAAAAAUUUCAUGUGCGGAUGUCAGUUAUCCACGUUGCUGUCCCGUCUCAAUUCCAAGCAACUCUAAUGAUUAAUUUUUCCCAAUAACUCGUAUAGAUACAGAUACAGUGGGAUCUAAAAAAAUUUAGGAUGGAGUUUUAGAGAUAUUGUGGGGUUGGAUUAAGUUUAAGUGUCAUAGUGAUCUUUGAGAAACAUUGUUCACUUUCAUAAAUUACCUGGCUGAUGCCCAUCCACUUCUAUUAAAUUGAUAAGAACAGGAUUUUAGGCUAGUUCACAUACUGUUGGUGGACAACUAUUCAUAUGGUCGGAAUUCAGGGGUUCUGUUUUCUUCUAUUAUUAUGGUAUUAUAAGUUGGUACUCCCACUAUUGUGGAGCUCUCAUCUAUGCUAUUUAA